AUACUACUAAUCAAUCCUUCAACAUUAUUAUUUUCUUCAACACUUAUUACAGGAAUAAUCAUCGCCAUUUCAUCUCCCUCUUGAUUUACAAGAUGAAUUGGGCUAGAAUUAAACCUCCUCUCCUUUAUCCCAUUAAUUUUUUCAAAACAAAAUACAUUUUCCUCAGAAGCAGCUCUAAAGUACUUUUUAGUCCAAGCUAUAGGAUCAGCUGUGCUAUUAGCAGCAGCCUCUACACUCCUAAUCAUGACUAACUCCUCAAAAGUAAUUAUCCUAUCUGCCCUUCUACUGAAGAUAGGGGCAGCCCCACUUCACUUUUGACUACCCCCAAUUAUACAAGGCAUCUCUUGAUCACGAUGUAUUAUUUUAAUAACAAUCCAAAAGAUUGCCCCCAUAGCAAUAGUAACCUAUACUCUCUCUCCCAGAACACUCUUAAUUAUCAGAAGAUCCUCGAUAAUUUCAGCUAUCUUAGGGGGUCUAGGAGGGCUAAAUCAAACCAUAAUACGCAAAAUCAUGGCCUAUUCUUCUAUUAGUCACAUGGGGUGACUUCUAGCAGCCAUUUCACUUAACUCAACCAUUUGAAUAAACUAUUUACUUAUCUACAGGAUUAUUUCAGCAUCUUUAGCAAUUAUAAUAGACCAAAAUCAACUCUUCCACAUUAAGCAGCUUAUAUCUGUCUCUUAUAGGCAAGUAAGUAAAAUUACAGUAUUCUUAAGGUUAUUCUCUCUCGGAGGUCUGCCUCCGUUUUUAGGAUUCUUACCAAAACUAAGAGUAAUUAAAGAACUCACAGCUCAAACUUCGAUCUUAUGAGUCAGGGUAUUAACAAUAAGAGCACUCAUUACACUAUUCUUCUAUACUCGAAUCAGAAUCACAGCGCUAACAUUAAAAUCACCUAAAAUAUUAACACUAAGAUCCUCUCAAUCUCAAAAGAUGGCUUUAUUUUCCCUAAUCAACCUUACACCAAUUCUCUAUCCCCUAGCUGUUAUAAUUCAGUUCUAA